AUGAGCGCACAUCCCGAACUGCUAGAUCCCUCAUCUAUGCGCCACCUGGAUCGCGACCCGGAACCCAAGGUUGAGGACACUGAUGCUGAUCAUGACGAUUCGAAGCCCAAUAAGAAAAAGAGACGAGUUGCCAAAAUGCUUGACAAGAAGUACGAGUGUAAAGCCGAAGGCUGCACAAAGUCAUAUUCUCGAGCAGAGCAUUUAUAUCGACAUCAACUGAAUCACACACCAAAGCAAAUAUACCAUUGCGACCAUCCCGGCUGCGAUCGUAGUUUCGUUCGUGCAGAUUUGUGUACAAGACAUCGCGAAAGACAUACCUCUAAAGGUUCUCACUUGAGACGGCGGGAUGAGUUCCAGGCACGCGCGAGUGCCAAUGCUGCCCUGAGUUCAAACUCCCCGGAUUCCGCUGGUAUGAAUGCGUCGCCCACCGAUUCGACGAUGCCGAACGGACCUCCCUCCCGAUCCAAUACAUACCUCCCGCCGACAAGCCAGACUGGCCAGUCGUACGCUGGCCAUGAUCAGUACACAACCCCAGGAAUGUCCGACAUGGCCCCACUGCGGCCAAACACCUCCAUGGCCAUGGACGCGCACGUGCGCAACAACAUUCCGACGUACAAUUACUCGGGACAGAUGAACGGAUCUCAGGCGACACAGAUGAUGACUCCACCCUCGCCGAGUGCGUCAAGGCGCUAUCCAUAUGACUCCGAAUACUCAAGAACGAACGGACUCACCAACGGUUACUCAAACUCGACGCCGCAGGUGACUGUGAACGGCAUGCGACCACCGCCGCCACCGGCCAUCAGUGCACCGCAGGCAGCUGCCAUGCAGUUCAACCAGGCACAAUACGCAUCGCCAACAGCGAGCGAACAACAAUACAAGGCUUCAAAUGCGUAUUCAGCAGCGCAGCAGUCUUAUGCCAUUCAAGCGGAAUCUUUCGGAUCAAGCAACAACAGACUUGGAGCUGGUCUGGCAGACUCUCACAUGACAGGACCAGACCAAUAUCCUGUCUCUAAUUCUAGGAGCAACAGCAUGAUGGAUUUCAUGGUCGCGGACCAAUACGCGAGCGCCUAUGCCAUGCCUGUGUUCGGCGGUGAUGUCUUUAAUCGUACACCGCCGACAAUCAUGCCCAUCGACGAUGCGUUCUUCAGUCAGUUGCUAGAUGCAGGCGGCAUCGAUCUAAAUCUACCACCAUCACCACCCCUUCCAAUUGAGCCUGUAUUGCAGGUCCCUCCUCAAACAAGCGCAUACAACAAAGUGGAGCCGGAAGGUCCACCGGCGCAUGCGCACGACCCGCCACGAGAUGCCAAAACCAGCUUCAUGAAUGGAACACUUCUGGAUGUACCGGAGACCGCUAUCGAUACUCAUAUUCAAGCCCGCCUCAUCAAGCUCGUCCGAGGCUUCCGCGAGACUGAGCCGCUACCAGGCCGUCGAGCUAAGGAAGACAUCGUCUCGGGCGAUACAGAUCAUCCCGAGCACGCCCUUAGCGUUCAGAUGUUGCGUACCGCGUUGAUGAGCUACUGGGUGCACAUCCACCAGCAGAUGCCCAUCAUGCAUCGUCCAACUUUCCAACCUCGAACUUGUCCAGAUCUCCUUCUUCUGGCUAUGAUAUGUUUGGGCGGGUCUUGCUUGGAGAGAACGCACCCAGCCGAGUCUGCUGCGAAUUGCUCGGAGUUUGCAUUCUUCACUGCUUACCACAUCCGUUGGGCAGUAUUCAAGGAUGCCGAAUUUCGACCGACAGCCAAAUUAUGGACCUUCCAGACGAUGCUGCUGCUCGAAUUGUUUGAAAAGAUGUAUAGUACACGUGCAUUGCACGAGAGGGCACACAUCCAUCAUGCGACUACGCUCACCGUUAUGCGACGAGGAUCGUCCCUGAUAGGUCGUGUCAUCGAAAUUCCAGGUGACGAUGAUCCUACAAGAACGCCGCCAGGACCGGAAGGCAGCAUCAACACCAGUGGUUACAACACCCCAGACGCGUGGUGGAAUCGCUGGAUUACAGCGGAGGCAACCCGGAGAGUCGCAUUCGCCGCGUUCGUCAUUGAUUCAACGCACGCUACGCUCUUCGGCCAUUCUGCCAUCAUGUCACCUCACGACAUGAGAUUGCCACUACCUUGCGACGAGGCCCUAUGGGCAGCGACAAGCAGUGCUGAGGUGCAGCGAGUGGAGGCGAGCCUGGCCGCCAACGGCUUCAAGACGACGACCUUCCUGGAUGGCCUCAAGAAGACUCUUAACGGCCAGAAAGUCCGAACCAACACUUUUGGACGAGUGAUCCUAAUGUCAGGAUUGCUGAACAUUAGCUGGCACAUGAAUCAGCGUGACCUGCAAGUAUCCUCCCUCGGCGCCAAGGAUACAUUUGGAUCGUCCACGCGAUGGCGAGGCCCAUUGACCCGUGCUUUUGACUUUUGGCGCAAAGACUUCGACGAAAGUCUCGCCAAAAGUGCAGACUAUCAGCAUGUCUGCAACCCGGCGUACCGCUGCAGCGUGGAUCAUCGCGACAAUGUUUAUGAGUCCCGUACUUGCCUCCACAGUCUCGCGCACAUGGCUAUGCACGUUGACAUCGUCGAUUGCGAAGUAUUCGCAGGAUCCGAUCGGGCUCUUGGGCGUGCUGUGACUGACAGCGAUCGCCUCGCAGUGCAGCGCCGCAUGCGUGAGGAUUGGGCGCCGAGCGCACGCGCUCGAGACGCAGUCUACUAUGCUCUGCGUUUCCUCUGCGAAGUGCUUGUACCCGAGGAAGUGAUGAACGGUGAUCGUGCGGGACGGCAAGCGCAGCCACCCUCGUUCAACUACAGCGCUCGCGACGACUAUCUGUUGAAUCGACCAUGGGUGCUUUACUUCGCCGCCAUGACCGUUUGGUCGUAUGGCUUUGCUCUGGACGGACCGAUCAAGCCGCAGUACACGUUGACAUCACGUGAGCUACAGAUCGCCGACAUGCAGCAGUAUCUCAUGCGUAUGGGCGCUGCUGCCAGCCCAGACGACCUAGAGCAUCUCGACGGGCGUAACAACUGCUUGGGACUUCUGCUUGCCUUACACCACUGCUUCGCUCAGCCGCGCUGGGAGCUCUUGCAGGAAGCCCGUGAUAUGCUCAGCCUCUGUAUCGGCCAGCUCUUGCCUGGCAACAACGACUGGAAGACGACCCCCAAUUAG